GAAUAAUUAGGGUUUUUAUAAGUAGAAAAAAUAAGCAUGAGCGGCAUUGGAAGAACAAGGGCAGAGCAUUUGGUAACAAGUAGCCGACUGGCCGUUCUGAUCUCUCAUUUCUCUUAUAGUCAACUGCGGCCUUCGAUGGCUUCUGAGAAAGUGGCUGCCUUAGCAGCCGUUCCCUCUGAUUCUCCUACAGUAUUUGACAAAAUCAUUAACAAAGAAAUACCAUCUAAUGUUGUUUACGAGGAUGAUAAGGUUCUUGCCUUUAGGGACAUAGCUCCCCAAGCUCCUACACAUAUUGUGAUAAUUCCCAAAGUUAAGGAUGGCUUGACUGGUCUAUCUAAGGCCGAGGAGAAGCAUUGUGAGAUUCUUGGAUACCUUCUUUAUACUGCCAAACUCAUUGCUAAGCAGGAAGGCCUUGAAGAUGGGUUCAGACUUGUGAUCAAUGAUGGUCCAAAUGGAUGUCAAUCUGUUUAUCACCUUCAUAUUCACCUCCUUGGGGGAAGACAAAUGAACUGGCCCCCCGGCUAAGAUGAACUAGUGGACUUCAAAACCUGAGACUCGAGAGGUUUUGCUUGGUGAUCGACACUUAAUGCAUCUUCUUAUAGCUGUCUCUUCUAUAUGGUAUGCUUAUUAAGACAACAUUGAUGUCAUUGUAAUAAAAGAUUUUUUAAAGUGAACGAGAUCUUGCAUAGUGCAACAACAUACGUCCUAGUGUGGAAUAAUGAUAAACUUGUUUGUGGUCA